CGACCGCUGGGGUUUGUGAGGCUCGCGGUAAGGGCUGGGGCUGCGCUGGGCUGGGGCAGGCGGAGAGCUGGAGCGGAGCCCCCCCGGCUCCUUCACACCACCCUUAGGCGGAGCCGAGUCAGUGCGUACUUGGAAGCUUGGGAGUACUUUUGAUUUCUGCUCCCGGUAAGAGCCUGCAGUUAUCCGGGCAGCAGAGCGGUACGUGGUGUCGGCGGGGGAGUACGGACAUCCUCAGAAAUGAUUUUCUGCUCUCCCCUUGGGGCUGGUAAUGAAUAAGAUCCUUGGACCAGAAGGAAAAUACGAAGCCCUCUUUUGCAAUUUCCUGCCCCAGAUCGCACAGAAACAAACAGAGCUGUGGGUGCCCCGUCCUUUGCUCAAACCAGCGGCUCUGGCUCUGCUUUGCAUUGCUCAGCGCUUCUCACUUCUCCAAAUCCGUGAUGUUUCCUGGCUGCUUGUGGGCAGCAGCCAGCAGCGUGUGCCCCAUCUCCAGCCCCGCUCCCACUGAGAUCUCCUUUUGGGCUCAGAGCAGUGCCACGCAGGAGCGGUGGCACAGGUGGAGCAGGCAGGGUGUUAUGCUGGUGACUGCACAGGGUGGGAGCUCUGCCCUGAGCUGUGGCGGCCCAGCACCCACCGGCUGCAGGCGGGGUGGUGAAGGCAGCGUGGGGUCCGUCAGGGCUGCUCUGCGGGGCUGAUCUGGGCUGAUCAGAGCAGUCCCAUUGGCCGCGGUCCCACGGGCCGCCCCGCUCACUGCCGUCUCCUUCCCAGGCUGCUCGCCAUGCGUGGGGCCGCUCUGCUGCUCCUGGUGCUGGGGCUGCAGCAGGCAGAGGGCCGGUGUGUCUUCAACCGCACGCAGGAGUACUGCCUGUGCUACAGGCUGACCGAGCAGAGCGCCGGGAGCGUCAUCCAGUGCCUCGCCGCCUCCGCCGUGGAGUUCCAGGGAGGAGACCUGGAGAAAUACGCUGACUUCCCCAUCAAGGACCUGGACGACUCCACCAUUGACAUGCUUGGCAGCCUGGAAAUCAGGAAGAUCAUUUUUUCAGACCUUCUGGUUCCUGAGGUCCUCCUGGCCCGCGUCCUGCGGUUCUUCUCCUACACUCAGGUGCAGGAGAUGGUGUUUGAGAGCUGCAGCUUCGUGGGGAGGAGCAGCUGGGCGGACAUGGCGGGCCGGGCCUUGCCUGUCGUGUCACUGCGCUUCCACAACGUGACGGCCGCCACGCUGGAGGGCCGCGAGCAGGACCUGUCCCCGCUCAGCCGCUGGCUGGGAGCCCUGCAGGAGCUGUCGGUCACCGCCUCGCACCUGGCCGUGCUGCCCUGCACUGUGGGCCGGGCUCUGCGGGCCCUGCGCUCGCUGGACCUGGCGCAUAACAGCCUGGGGGAAGACGGCCUGGCGUCUGCCUUCUGCCAAGGGGCCUUCCCGCAGCUGCGGGUGCUGAGCCUGCGGCACAACAACCUGACGUCGUACCACGCCGUGUGUGGCGGCGUGCGGCUGCUGGGCGAGCUGCGGCACCUGGAUCUCAGCCACAACGCGCUCACCGCCGGCACGCCUUCGCCCUCCUGUGCGGCACACACACGGGUGCCAAACUGCGCGCAGAGCGCCGCGAGGUUCGCACGUCGGGGCAGCCCUCGGCGGAGGCACGUGAAGCAGAAGUGCUCGCCCGCUGCUUCCCAUGGCACGGCGGCCCCGUCCCACUCAGGAAGCGGCCGGGACGGAGAGCCUCGCAGCACGGGCGGUGCUGUCUGCCUGCUGCGCCGAGCGGGCGGGAGGUGCCGCUAA